AGAAGAAAAGGCCAUUGCGAACCCUGAAGCUGGCUAUGCUACCUGCCCAAGAGACUGGAUUGUAUUUGGAAGUAAAUGUUUUUAUUUUUCUGAGCACACAAGUAACUGAACAUCCAGCCAGACCUCCUGCAUGGAGCUGGGGGCCCAUCUAACUCAAUUUGACAGUCAGGAGGAGCUGAAUUUCCUGAAUAGAUUCAAGGGGGAUUUUGCCGCCUGGAUCGGCCUGCACAGAGAGUCAUCAGAGCAUCCUUGGAUGUGGACAGACAACACUGAAUAUAACAACUUGGUUCCCAUCCGCGGAGACGGAAACCAUGCCUACCUGAGUGACAGAGGGAUCAGCAGUGGCAGGAACAACAUACGAAGGAAUUGGAUUUGUAGCAAGCCCUACAGCUAUACUGUACAGUGUCCAGGAGUCUCACAGCUUGUGUAGAGAGUGUAUCAAAGU